CUUUCUUUUUCUAGACCUCUCUUCUCUCUCACCUACUUACUUUUUCAGUUUCCUGCUCUCUCUCUUUCUCUCUCAUCAAAAUUCAGCCAUAGCCUUACAGCUUACAAGCAAAAACAAUUAAAUCCCCCGUUUUUUUUAAUUUUUUUCACAAUUUCUUCGGGUUUUGGGUUCUUAGAUUGAUUUUAAUGGCGAGAGCAAUUCUGGGUAUUUGUUCUUUUCAAUAAAAAUUAAGGAAAAAAAAGGAUUUUUUCUUCUCUGUUUUGCUCUGUUUUUGAAGAACAAUCCAGAGGAAUCUGAAAGAGGAGGAGGAGGAAGAAGAAGAAAUGAUGAUGUUGAAUCUUAACGAUUCGAUUAUGAACCGUGAUGAAGCGACGACGGAUCGGAUCGUAAUGGAGGAUUCGGAGACUUCGAAUUCCUCCGUCGUUAAUGCCGAUGAGGUCUGCAACAGCAGAGAUGAAGAGUCCUCUGUUUUAAUCUUCGAUAUUCUCAAGAAGGAAAGUCCCGGCGGCGUUGGCGGCGGCCCAGUUCCUGAAUUAGUGACCCAGGCGCUUUUCCCGGUUGCCAGUGGGUGGGGAGAUUCUGGGUCUCCAGUACUCAGGACCCAGUGGUUGAACCUGUCGCCGACGGCAAAUUCUGGUGGCGGUGGAGGACAGCAGGAGCUGAAAGCUGUGCAGCCAAAACAACAGCAGGUGAGGAAGAGCCGCCGUGGGCCACGGUCCAGAAGCUCGCAGUACCGUGGUGUUACGUUUUACCGGCGAACUGGAAGAUGGGAAUCUCAUAUUUGGGAUUGUGGGAAACAAGUUUAUUUGGGCGGGUUCGACACGGCCCAUGCUGCAGCAAGGGCUUAUGAUCGAGCGGCUAUAAAAUUUAGAGGAGUCGAUGCAGAUAUAAACUUCAACAUAAGUGAUUACGACGAAGAUAUGAAACAAACAAAGAAUCUAAACAAAGAAGAGUUUGUGCAUGUUCUACGCCGACAAAGUUCUGGAAUUUCUCGUGGAGGAUCAAAGCUAAGAGGACUAUCUGUUCAAAAAUAUGGACGUUGGGAAACUCAAAUGAAUCAAAUUAUUGGAAAGAAUGGAACUGAGGAAAGAUCUGAGAGGUUCGAGACAACGGUGGAGGCAAGUAAUGGAGGCAAUGGACAUAAUCUUGAUUUGAGCAUUGGAGGAAUUUUCAACUACCAUUUUAGUAAUUCUUCUCAAAAGCUUGAGAGACCAAAGAAUGAAAACAAUGGCCAUGCACAUGGAAUGGGUGGACAACAACCUAAUACUCCUCCUUCCGUGUUCUCUUGUUUUUACUCCGCUUUUUUACCACUUAAUCAGGAAAGAGGGAGAGAGACGAGAAACAAAGAGUCGACGAGUUGGAGAUGGCAAACGGCGAGGUCGAUAGAAGGAAAUGUGAAGGAAGAAAAGAAGAAGAAGAUAGAAAGCCAUGGUUCCAAGAGUGCAGCAUCAUCAGGAUUCUCUCCCUCUUAUAAUUUUGGUUCAUUUUAUGCUCAAAACAACACACCUCUCCACACUAAUCACUGCCUUCCAACGCCUUACACCAAUAUUUCUUGACCACCACUAAUAUUUUAUGUGCUUUAUUUGAUGCUAAUGACAGAAAUAAUUCUUAAUUAUUUAUUUAUUU